AUGUCCUCCAACCAAACCUCUCCCAGUGAGCCAGCUUGUGUUUACAACCCGUACGUGGUCCCAGUCCUCUACUUCCUGAUGUUCCCAGUAGCUCUGGUGCUGAACGGAGUGGCAGCCUGGGUCUCUCUGCACCUCAAGUCCACCUCCACCUUCGUGGUGUACCUGAAGAACCUGGUAGCUGCUGACAUCAUCAUGACCCUGACCAUGCCCAUCAAAGCUGCUAGAGACUUUCAGGUUGCUUCAUACACAUUUUUCAUACUUUCGUGUUUCGUCAGUUCCAUCUUGUACAGUACGAUGUACACAUGCAUCACUUUCUUGGGCUUUAUCAGCGUGGACCGCUUCUUCAAGAUCAUGAUGCCCCAAAGCAAGUUUGGUCAGAAUGUGACCAUCAGUAAGGUGAUCUCUGGGAUAGUCUGGCUCAUCCUGUUUGGAGGAACAGCCUUACCAAACAUCAUCCUCAGCAACCAUCCAGUGGCUAAUAUCACCGGCAGCAUCACCUGCGUGAAGCUGAAAGGGCCGGAGGGGCUGAAGUUCCACCAGAACACCGUGAUCAACCAGAGCGUCUUCUUCUGGGUCGUCAGCGUCAUCAUCACCGUGUGCUACAUCUGCAUCGCCAACAAGGUGAUCCGUUCUUUUAGGAACUCUGGCAGCAGCAACAACCAGGGACAGCAGAAGGUCAAGCUGCGUGUGUUUCUGGUUGUGGUCGUGUUCUUUGUGUCGUUCGGACCGUACCACAUGGUCAGGAUCCCCUACACCUUCCAGCAGGUCAAAGCCUCCUCAAACACCGGCUGCUCUAACUUCAGCAGGUUCGCCAAGGAGUUCAGCCUCUGGCUGGCCUGCACCAACAUCUGCACCGUCCCGCUGCUCUACGUCUUCCUCUGUCGGGAGUUCAAAGACAAACUGGUGUCCAUGAUGAAGAGCGUGUCCAUGUCCUUUCAAGCAGCUUUAGCAGGAGGAGCAGAAGACUCUCUGCAGCAGAGUGGAGUCUGA